AUGAAGGCAAAACCCGAUACUGUUGCUGGAAAAAAAUUUGUGAUUAUUGGUGUGCAUGGAUGGUUUCCGGCGAAGCUUGUGCGCAGUGUAAUGGGCGAACCGACAGGAACAUCGGCUAAAUUUUGUGAACAAACAGCAAAGUCUCUUCAACAAUAUUUUGAACAAGAACAUGAUUUGGUCCUACCUAUGAAUUGUAUGACAUUGAUUCCAUUGCAAUGGGAAGGAAAGGUGCAAGAACGAGUAGAAAAACUUUACUCCUUUUUGGUUGACAAUCCUGCAACGUUAGAUGCUCUUCAAUCAGCCGAUGCUAUUUUUUGGACAACGCAUUCUCAAGGUACACCAGUAUCGGCAAUCCUACUACAUCGAUUGAUCCAGAACAAGAUUAUUCAACUUAAAAAACAACCUAUAUGUUUAUUGGCAAUGGCUGGUAUUGCUCAUGGUCCAUUUGCAUCACUCAAAGGUAGUCUUAUUGUUAAGUAUUUCGAAGCGGAUGCUGCCCGAGAACUUUUUGAAUUUAUGGACCCAUCCAGUGAGAUCUCUGAAGUAUUUCGACAAGCUAUGGCAUACAUUCUUCAACAAGGAGUAAAGACAAUCCUAGUAGGGUCUAUGCAAGACCAGGUGGUUCCAUUAUAUUCAGCUAUUAUGGUCGCUACCGAACAUCCCAACAUUCUUCGAGCUAUCUACAUUGAUGGACAUGUUUAUUCACCUGAUGAUUUUUUAAUCAACCUGAUUGUAUUCGCUCUACGACUAAGGAAUGCUGGACUUUCAGAUCAUGGAUUGUUGUUACAUAUUAGCGACGUACUGGCGGGUAAUUUAUAUGCUUGGGAAGGUGGACAUUCAACAAUUUAUGAAGAAACAAGUGUUUACAAAUUAGCGCCUCAUUACCUGUUUGACACAAGUCCUCUAGGUGGUCUUUUACCGAAUCAUCAAGAAAAUCAUACCACGACAAGGACGUCUACGAUGGUCGAAGCGAAAUCCGAAUUAUUUCAUACCAAAGUACGAUUGAACCCUUAUUAUUUGACAUGGGCUAUGCGGGGAAUCUUUGAUGAUGUACGUGUGAUUCAAGUGUUUGGUGACCAACUGGAUCGACUACGAAUAUUGUUUGACCAAUGGCAUCCAACAAGUUCAAAAUUACGGGAAAUCAAAUUUCGAUUGGAACCUAUCAAGGCUAGAUUGUAG